AGCGCUUCCUGACUUAAAUUCAUUGAUGCUUAGAACUCGAAAAGCAAAACCCUGAAUUUCCCAAUUGUGGAUAGCCUUACAGAUUAGCCGAUUAACUGCCACACGAUGGCCGCUUUAAAAUUCAUAUUCCUGGCCUUCCUUGCAUCUCUGGGCACAUCAGCCCUGGCUCGAGUCCUUACUGGACCUGUGCAGACAGAGGGGAACCACACUUGGCAAUCUGAGGAUAGCUGCAGGGACUGCACCCAGAUCUUUGAACUUUUCACAGACAUGAUCUCUAAUGCAGACACACAGGUGAUUAUCCAGAGGAGCCUGGAUGGUUUGUGCAAACGUCUGCCUACCAGCGAAGCCCAAUCCGCCUGCCUGAACCAAGUUGAGAAGUAUUUGCCCAUUGCCCUGCACUUCCUGGCUAAGUUUAUUAAGCCUGGUGAGAUGUGCAUGGUCUUGGGACUGUGCGUUACUCAAUCAAAUGCCAAGCAGCAGGAGUUAUUCACCAAUCACAUUACUGCUGAAGACAUGUCCAGUGUGGCUCUUGGGCGAGGCACUCUUCCAGAGGGACGUGUCAGCCCUCAGUGCACCUUCUGUAUAUUCCUCAUUAAGAAACUGGAGAGCAUGUUGCCUAAGGAGAGGACGGAGGAAGCUGUAGUGAAGAUGCUGGGCCAAGUGUGCAAUGUGCUGCCUGAGAGUGUCAAGGAGCAGUGCGAGGAUUUCAUCAACAAGUACGGCAAGGAGGUGAUCGAUUUCCUGCUGUCGUCAGCCGCGCCCCACACCAUCUGCGUCAUGAUCCACCUCUGCCUGGUCCGUGAGCUGCCUCUCGUGGAUACACCCCCUCCCAAUGACUGUGAAUCCUGCCAGACCUUAGCGGUGCUGUCCCAGGUCCAUCUGGGCCCCAACGCCACAGAGCACCAGACCUCCUCCUUCCUGGACUCUGUCUGCCUGAUGUAUCCCUUUGCUAUGCCUAAGUGUGAGGUCUUCACCCAGCGCUAUGGUCCCAGGCUGCAGAGGAUCCUGGGAAAACAAGGGAGCACUCUGGACAUGUGUGGGAAGGAGGAUCUGUGUGUCGCAGUGAAAGAGGUCAAGAUGCUGGGAGCAGACCACUGCACCUGGGGAAAUAACUACAGAUGCAGAGAUAUGAAGAUGGCCGUGGAGUGUAAUAGUGUGCAAUUCUGCCAAAAAUAUGUGUGGAACUAGAUGCAAAACCCAGGACCGGGAAGGCACAGGCAGGAUGGUAAACCUACUCAACUGUCUCAUCCUCGCUGUACUGUCAAGCCAGCUGCAAGACUAAUUAGAAGAAUGACUGCACUAUAGCUGUAAAUGCUGUUAUUUGUCUGGGUUACAUGUACAAAUAUUGAUUUAAUAAUGAGUGAUAUUGGCAACAGAAUGUGUGCCUACUCCUAAUUGUCAGAAUUUCUGCAGAUUGAUUUGAGAUAUUAAUACAGAUUAAACUCAUCCUCAAGGAGCAGUUUUUCUAACUGCAAAGCUCACGUGUUGAUUAUUGUAAUGCACGGUAGCCAUUAACUCAUUAUUAAAUCAGCUUUUGAGCUGAUGCACCUUCACAGUGGUGGUGGGAAUGUGGACAGCUUGAAUUCAAAGUUACUGUUCAGUUUACUGAUAAAAUGAACAUCAGGUCUCAGCACUCAGUGUUGACUCGCUGUGUAACUGAGUGACACAGUGCUGAUCUCUUCCCUGAUCCAGAUCCAGAGUUGAUCUCUGGAGUUUCCUGUGUGCAAUCCAAACAUGGUUUAAUUGAUACUAUGAUUAUUCCUUAAUGAUUAUAAUAUGCAGCCACUGAUUUUUUCCAUGAUUUUUAUGAGCAUAAAUGUAUUUAUUUGCCUUGCUGAUUUGCACAGUACCUUGAAAUGUUGGCUUUUUAUUUUGCUACUGUUGAUUUUAUUUACGUUUCAUGUUCUUUUACUUGAAGACGGUAGGCACUGUAAAUCUUGCAACCUGGUAAGUGCAUUGCAUAUCAAACUAUACACAUUCAAAUACAGUCUGCAUGUCAUCACAAAAUGCUGGUUCAAAGUUGUGAAAAUUGCCUUUAUGAUUCAAAGUUGUGAAAAGUUUUAAAGCAUAUACCACAUAACUAUUUCUGAAUUGCAAGUACAUAGUCAAACUAUAUACAGUAGUAAUGACUCAGUUGGACAACAUGAGCUAAGGCAGCAAAUAAAAUGUAUAUAGAUGCUCUCAUGCAUGCUUUCAUUCAGGUAAUUUUAUGCACUAGGGAUUUUAAAUGGUCAUAGGUCAUUAUUUUAGCAUACCUUAGGGGUUCUUCUCCUCAGUCAACUCUGAAAAUUAUCUACCAAGUAAUCCUCUUUUUGGUGAGAUUAAACAUCCUGCUGUCUUGUUUACAAUGAAUAUACAUUUUUGUCCCCAAAGAGAACAUUCUUACACAAUUAUUGUGUUUUUAAGUAUACUUU